AUGGUGCACAACACGGCAGGAAGGCUGCGGGCUCGCUACAUUGAAUACGGCGUGAACUACGCCGAGGACAGUGACUUGCUGAGCCGCUUCCUGGAGGAGCAUGGCCCCACUUCCAAGAGGGAGGUUACGGUGUCAGGCACGGAUGGGGAAGGCAAUCCAGUCACCCACAAAUUCGAACUGCAUGAGGAAGCAAUCAAGGGCCAAAAGUCCAAGGGCGACAUGGAGUCUUGCAUCUCUGUCACUUCCCUGUUUGCGCAGGAAGUGGUGAAGCACCUCCUCAAGCGGAUGGAGAGCCUUGAUUCGCUCGUCGGCGCGAAGCUGUUUCUGCCUGACGCUUACCCCGAUGGCCCUGUGAAGAGAGAGCGCGUCUGCCAGGAGUGGUUCCAGUCUCUCCGCGAGCUCUUCAAGGCGGACAAGUUUGCGCUGCCAGUACAAGGACCAGACGUUCCAUUCGAGCCUCAAGCACAUGCUGCGCAGUGA